AUGACCCAAGAAGACUUUUUCGACAUCGGACCACCUCCGAUACCGGUAAAUGGGUUCCCAGAUGACGAUGACGAUGAAGAUCCGAUGAGUCCUACUGAAUACGCGCAAGCAUCAAAAGAGCACAUCACGGAGAGCCUUCCACAAGAAAAAAGUUCAACUUCAGGUAUUACAGAAAACAAUAACGAACAAAGACCAUUGAUUGAUCGGGUUUCAUCUCCACGAAGUUAUAGAGGUAUGAAAGCAUACAAGCGAGCGGCCAAGUGGUGGGACUUGAGUGAGGAAUUUCAGGUCAACAACCAUGUCUUAUUACCAGGCAAACCUAAGUUUCAGCCAACGAGUCCACGUUUUUCUUGGAAUGACGUCAGGCUCACAAGAGAGGAGUGUGGCUCUUGCAGGUUUAUCAAUAGCAAUAGGCCAGAAGGGAUGCCCACUUUACCUUGUCUGGAAGUGCCUUACUUCGAUCGAUGUGUAUCCUGCAUAAGCACUAACAGCCUUUCUAUAUGCCGUCUUCAUGACAAGGGGCAUCAAUCACGCAACGAUGAUUUACAAGUGCCGCAGUGGAAUCGGGGACAAAGGGGAGGUACAGUAUGGCAAACGCCGCACCAACGUUGGUACGCACAAGAUCGUGCUCCGUCAUCUACCUAUGCUCACAGACCUAGUAGAGAUCCCGAACGCUGGUCUAAGGAUCAGAAGAGAACUCCUGUUCAUAGAAGAAACAGCAGAGAUGAAGGAUUGGCAAGAGAAAGCAGCCCCGUUCGCAACGGAGACAAACAGAUGGCUAGGGAACAUUAUCCUGUCUAUCAAGAGGGUAGUCGAUCACGAAUGGAACGAUUAUCAGAAACACCGGUGUAUGAAGCUCCGACGCAGAAUGCUACACCGUCAAGAUCAACAGCAGGUACUAGUGGGACAAGUCGGGUUUCUAAAGAUGUUACAGUUGAAGAGACUACCAACACUCUCAAAGCUAAUGACGAUAAUAUUAAGCAAUCUACAAGACCUGACGUUGUACAAGCAUCUUACAUGCACACGUUUGGCUCAAUGACUAGUGGGUCACCUUCGACUUUUGCUAUGACGCCAUCAUCAACGAUGCCUGCUGAUCCAAUAUCCUCUUUAAGAAAAGUUCUUGAUGACAAUUUGCAAUUGAAAAUGGAAAAUGAAGCUCUAAACGAACUAUUUGACGAGUUGCAAAUGAGAUACAAUCGAACGAACGAAAAGGUGGAAAGGUUGACGGACGAAAAUGAAAAAUUGGUACAGGAAACUACAAGAUUGAAGGACACAUUUCGAGAAGCGCUUUUGAAAAUCAUGGCUGACUGA